AUGACCUGUGCGGCCAAAUGUCAAACGGAAGAGUCGGGUCUGUGUGGAGGGUUUACGUACCACACGAACGGUACUUGUCAGCUGUACAGCACGGGAGAGAGCUCUACCGUGUCAUGCGCCUGUCCGGCCGACUUCAGCCGCUGUGCCGGCCGCUGUCUGAUCCGACCCCCUCAGGAGCUCAACUUCACCGAAGCUAAAGCCGCCUGCGUCUUGCUGGGCGCCCACCUGGCCGUGCCCCGCUCUGAAGAGGAGAACCAGUGCGUUCUGACCAUGGCGGCUGGAGUGAACGUCUGGAUGGGACUGUCGGAGCAUGGCGAGGACGGAGUGUUCGUGGCAGAGGACGGAGGAGAGCCAGUGACCCUGGGCAGCCCCUUCUGGGGUACCGGCGAGCCCAACUCUGCUCUCUCAGCUGACAACUGCGUGCAGAUCUGGUCUGCGACUCAGGCUUGGGACGACACUUACUGCAGUGCGCAGAAGGCAUUCGUGUGUCAGCUCCAGGCCUGGUACAAACCCGAGUGUCACUGA